AUGCCAAAAUUAAAUAAACGUCGAUCUGUAGGACGUGCUUAUGCACGGAAGCAGUGGUAUGACCAACGAGUCUCACCAGAAAAUGAGACUGUAUCGGAAGAAGAAGAAAUUACACAUGAUAAUGAUGAUGAUAUUGAAUUUAUUCGAUUUGCUGAUAAGAUGAAUUUUAAUGAUAUUGGAGAUUUGUUCGAAUUUAUUAAAGAUAAAAUUGGUUUAAAAAUUGUUUCUGUAUUAUUAUAUAUGGCUCUUCGUCAUUUUGGUAUAAGUUGGGUCAAAUGUGAUGAUUUUUUUAAAAAGGAUUGGUGCAUUAACGAUUAA